AUGCCUAUCUCUAGAAUCGCUGUCGGGUCUCCGGCGGAGGCGAGCCACCCUGAUGCGCUAAAAGCCGCCCUUGCGGAGUUCAUCUCCACCCUCAUUUUUGUUUUUGCCGGGGAAGGCUCUGGCAUGGCUUUUAAUAAACUGACUGACGAUGGCUCAUCCACACCGGCUGGACUAGUGGCAGCGGCUGUGGCUCAUGCAUUCGCUUUGUUUGUGGCGGUCUCAGUCGGAGCUAACAUCUCCGGUGGUCAUGUAAAUCCAGCUGUUACUUUUGGAGCCUUCAUUGGUGGCCACAUCACUUUGGCAAGAAGUGUUCUUUAUUGGAUCGCCCAAUUACUCGGAUCCGUUGUUGCUUGCCUUCUUCUUAAGUUCUCCACCGGUGGAUUGACCACCUCUGCUUUUGGCCUGUCCUCAGGUGUGUCUGAAUGGAACGCAGUAGUGAUGGAGAUUGUGAUGACCUUUGGUCUGGUCUACACGGUUUAUGCAACCGCCCUGGACCCCAAGAAAGGAAACAUUGGAAUCAUUGCACCUCUUGCUAUUGGUUUCAUAGUUGGUGCCAACAUUUUGGUUGGUGGUGCCUUUGAUGGUGCAUCCAUGAACCCUGCCGUGUCUUUUGGCCCAGCUGUUGUUAGCUGGACCUGGACCAGCCACUGGGUCUACUGGCUUGGACCUUUUGUUGGUGCAGGUAUUGCAGCCGUUGUGUACGAGGUUAUCUUCAUUGGUGUCAACACCCACCAGCAACUCCCCACAACAUCCGAUUAGUGAUCAAAACAGGGAAUUCAAAUUUGAUCUGUUUAAU